AUUAUUAAUUCCCAACUAUUUCAUCAUAAAUACUGUAGAAUAGAAUAUUCAACAAAUUAUACUAAUUAAUUAUAAUCUCUCAAAGCUCUUUCAUGGCGAAUCGCUGAACGGCUUGUAUUCAUCGCAUUCGUAUAUUUUCAUACCUCCAUCCGAUGGCUAGAAGAGCGACGCCGAUCCUGACCCGUCUGCUAGGGUCAACCCGAUCCGUGACGUACAUGCCCCGGCCCGGCGACGGGGCUCCGAGGGCGGUGACGCUGAUCCCCGGCGACGGGAUCGGUCCCCUGGUGACUGGCGCCGUGGAGCAAGUGAUGGAGGCGAUGCACGCGCCGGUGUACUUCGAGAGGUACGAGAUCCACGGCGACAUGAAGAAGGUCCCGCAGGAGGCCAUGGACUCUAUUAAGAAGAACAAGGUGUGCCUGAAAGGAGGUUUGAUUACGCCCGUAGGCGGCGGUGUGAGUUCGUUGAAUGUGCAGUUGAGGAAAGAGCUCGAUCUAUAUGCUUCGCUGGUUCAUUGCUGUAAUUAUCCGGGAUUGCCUACUAGGCACGAUAAUGUUGAUAUUGUUGUGAUUCGAGAGAAUACGGAAGGGGAGUACUCGGGGCUUGAGCAUGAGGUGGUUCCUGGUGUUGUGGAAAGUCUCAAGGUGAUAACAAAGUUCUGCUCGGAGCGUAUUGCACAAUAUGCUUUUGAGUAUGCAUACUUAAACAAUAGAAAGAAAGUCACCGCCGUGCAUAAAGCAAACAUCAUGAAGCUUGCAGAUGGUUUGUUCUUAGAAUCUUGUCGGGAGGUUGCGACCAAGUAUCCUAGCAUCAAGUACAACGAAAUUAUUGUGGACAACUGCUGCAUGCAACUUGUUGGAAGGCCUGAGCAAUUCGAUGUUAUGGUGACGCCUAAUCUUUAUGGCAAUCUUGUUGCCAAUACUGCUGCUGGUAUUGCUGGCGGCACAGGAGUCAUGCCCGGAGGAAACGUUGGGGCGGAUCAUGCUGUUUUCGAGCAAGGUGCUUCAGCUGGGAACGUGGGAAACAUGAAAGUGCUGGAGCAGAAGAAAGCAAAUCCAGUGGCCUUGCUUCUCUCUUCAGCCAUGAUGCUGAGACAUCUCCAAUUCCCCUCAUUUGCCGAUCGAUUAGAAACUGCUGUGAAACGGGUUAUAUCGGAGGGAAAGUACAGGACAAAAGACGUUGGUGGUGAUAGCUCCACCCAGGAAGUCGUUGAUGCCGUUCUUGGAGCUUUAGACUGAUAAAGAAGAUGACUUCUCUGCUAUACACAGUUUCCUGUAAAACUGCCCAUUGGUCCUGGGGUUCAAACCUGCUUGUUUGUCCCAACUGAUAUUUCAUUUGGCAUUAUUUGAUAGGUAUUCUUAGUACACUUUAUUAUGUCUUGGUUGCUUAAUUAUCAAAUCCAAGGCAAAGAAUAUUAUGUCGAUUCGAAUAACGACCUUUCAAGGGUCAAAUUUUGUGAUUGCUAUUGUGAAAGUGCAGACUGUCUACGCAUUUGGUAUCGAGGAAAAUAGGACUUUAGAAAGCGUUUACAA